AUGAAGGAAGAUGGACCAAGGCCUCUUCUUCAAGCUAAAUGGAUGUUCACAGUGACUCUUACACUUACAGGUGAUAAAAGUGUUAUCAGACAUUGUGGUGGCAAUUGUGUAACGUGCUGGUGCAGUGAUAUUGUAGAGCUUUUUCGAACAUUCUUACUUUGUAAACUCAACCGUGAUUGGGACAAUAUGGUUCGACCUUCUUCAGAUAUUUGGCAAUUAUUUGAUAUUGAAAAAACAGAUAAGAAAUUCAAGGCUGUGUGUAAGUUUUGCUGUUUUAAAUACGCCUUUCCAAACGCAACUCGCAUGACGAAUCAUAUAUUAAACCAAUGUUCAAAAUGUCCUUUGGAAAUUAAACAAAAAUAUGGCAAUGAAAUACAAUCGAGUUCGAAGCCUUCGACGUCAGAAGAAAAAUAAAGUAACAAAGAUAUCCUGCUAGAUGCAUUAGAAGAUACCAGUCUCGCUUCAACUAGCAAAAAGGACACGUCAUCAAUGUCAUAAUCUUCCGAAUCUCCAUUACCAUCAGUAAAACGCAAGAAAGCUAGCUGCCAACAAACAUUGAGCAGGUUUUUCGAUAAGAUAGCUGUUUCAGAGUCUUCUAAAAUUGAUGAGGCAUUAGCUAGGGCUCUUUAUGCUUCUGGUGCUCC